AUGAAGUGCCUUAUGAUCCUGGCCUGUCUAGCUUUCUAUGUGGCCUAUAUUGAGGCUCAAAGCCAAUGCGUCGGACGUCCUGUUUUUCAGGUAUGCACUGGCGGUCGGGAUGAAGGUAACCGCAACGGGCGUUUUUGCGGAGUGACUUCAAUGAACGAAAUGUGGUUCUAUAAUUCCGGUGGCAGGAGGUGUGAGAAGAUGAAGUACCACGGCUGUGGAGGCAACAACAACCGUUAUUGCAGCGAGUCCGAUUGCAGGGGCAAGUGCAGGCGUUAA